AUGGCCUGCCUCAGUCUUUACUCAGACCCUGCAACCUUUAUUCAGGCAGCACUUCCUCAAAUCCUUCACGAUACAGAAAAAGAAUUUUUCGUGAAAUGUCUGAAUUUACUAAGGGAAGGGGCAAAUAUUUUGUAUGACAGAAUGAAAGAAAUUCCCUGCUUUUCUUGCCCGCAGAGACCAGAAGGAGCGGUGUUUGCCAUGGUCCGGUUGGACUCAUCCCUGCUGGAAGACAUUGAUGAUGAUGUGGAGUUCUGCUUCAAGCUGGCGAAAGAAGAGUCUGUCAUUCUUGUUCCCGGAGUUGUGGUUGGAGUGAAAAACUGGCUUCGGUUCUGUUAUGCCAUUGACACCGAAUCACUCGAAGAUGGCAUUGAGAGGAUUAAAUGUUUUUGCCAGAGGCAUGCAAAGCAAAAUAUGCAAAUUAAUGAUCGUUAG